AUGAGCCAGCGCCGCAUCGACCUAUCGCAGCUUGAGCCCCAGCAGAUCGUCGAGAUCCGCAAAUCCACCGAGGAGGAAAUCCAACAUUUCACCCAGUCGCUCAAGGCGCUUCAAACGGCACAGCUGAAAUUGCAGGAUUGCAUUUCGACCAUCGACAACAUGGACAGCACCGACAACUCGGCAUUGCUUGUGCCCAUGACCAGCUCUCUUUAUUUGCCGGGGAAAAUCAAGGACAAGGGCACGUAUUUGGUGGAUAUCGGCACGGGGUACUUCGCGGAGAAAUCCUCCAGCGAGGCAAAGCUGGUGUACCAGAAGAAGCACACCAAGUUGGAGGGCGACUCGAGGAAGCUCAAGGAGAUUCUCGUGCAGAAAAACGAGAUCAUGAACCAGAUCAACAUGGUAUUGCGGAAGAUCAUGAUGGAGCAGGACCAGGCCGCGGAGAAACAGUAG